CCGUACGUACAGCCAGGGUCACAUGACGCGAUUAGCUCUGCAGCGUGAGUUCAGCUUUCUAGCGACAUAUAUUUCUGAUGCUAACCAGCGCCUGAUCUGUGAUUUUAAUAUCCUCUGAGUUACAAAAGUAGUAUUACUUCACUAAACAGUAUUUUGUAGAAGUGUGUUCUCGGAGCUGUACAACGCGGACUCGCGCUUUGGGGCAUAUUUAGACAUUUCUCUGAGCUAGCUAGCCAAGGUUAGCGUGUUAGCUAACAUUAACAUGAAUAUUGACAACGUUAAUCAGUCAGUCACAACUGGAGUGUCAUCUACGACGUCUUCAACUUCAAGCAACUGUAUUGCAAAUGAUAAUGCAACAACCAGCGUCAGCAGCAUCCCUUCGGUCACUAGUAAUGCUUCAUCCUCAGCGGCCAUGGUGACACCAUCAGCAGACACAUCUGUCUCCAACGGUGUCUAUGUUCCUGGUGGCAUCACCAAUGGAGAUGUAAAGCCUGCCAUCUCCACCACACCCUUGGCAGAUUUUCUCAUGCAGCUGGAAGAAUACACUCCCACAAUUCCUGAUGCAGUUACAGGAUACUACCUCAACCGGGCUGGCUUUGAGGCCUCUGAUCCAAGAAUAAUCCGUCUGAUCUCCCUUGCUUCUCAGAAGUUUAUCUCCGACAUUGCCAAUGACGCACUGCAGUACUGUAAAAUGAAAGGAACCGCCUCAGGAAGCUCAAGGAGUAAGACAAAGGAUAAGAAGUACACUCUGACUAUGGAGGACCUGAGUCCUGCUCUCACAGAAUAUGGCGUCAAUGUCAAGAAACCAUAUUACUUUACAUAGAACUGUCUUUCUUUAAGGCUUUUGUCUUUUGCUAGUUUUAGCUCCCUGCUGACCCACUAGAGUCUGUCGACACCUUUUAUUGCUUUUGUUUUUUGUUUUUGUUUUGAAUCAUGGUGCUUUAGUUCAGGUCUGACACAUCUUUGUAGUCUCCAUUGUAGUUGCCAUUUGUUAUUUUUUGGGGAGCCACCUUGCAUUAUGUUAAAUUGUAAAUUGUGAAAAUAAAAUCCUUACCAAAAACA